CAAAGGUGUUGUUACUGGGUGGUGCGGGUUUUUUGAUGUCUUUCGACCUUCAUCGGCAUUUCGCUCGUAAAUUUUAAAGAUGAGCAAUUUCCCAUCUUUGGAGUGUCGAUCACUUAAACGGAAAGAACACUACCCACCAGAUGUAUAUUGCCAAAGAAUUGAGCAGAAAGAAGAUUUGAUGUGUGAAGACUUUGUGAAAGAUGGCUUCAAAUAUAUGAAACCUGUACGUGACGAGUAUGAAUCAUGUAAAGAGGAAAGUCGAUUCCUAAGUUCAGAAGCCGUAUGGAAUUCUUACUACAAUAUUAUGUUGAAAAAAUUUGAAUGCUCAAACUUCCAAGACUUCAAAAAACGACAAACGACAAAUAUUCGUGAUUCUGUUAUUCCAGCUAUUGAUAUGUACAAAGAACAGGUUUGUGACUGGUUUAAGGAGCUUUCUAACAAUGUGUCCCUUCAAAACCUUGGGCGUCGUGUUCCAUUUUUCAAAGAUAAAGAGGAGAGCUUACAUGAACUACUCAUAAAUAAAGUUCCUAUAUCUCGAGCCUUGUGGUUCGUCAAUAUGAGUAUCAUCCAGUCAACGGCGGUUGCUGAAACUGCGAAGAAAAAGCCUAGGGCUCCACAAGAUCCAACCGCUGAUUGGUCAUCUACUCUAUGUCGCAUGCUGUCACGGACAUUAGAGCCUAUAUAUGCACCGAUAAAGCAUAAUGAACUUGUAGCGUUGUAUAAUGAUUGGGACUACCUUUUCUCCCUGCUUAUUGGCAUGUACGACGCAGACAUUGCAGAUCACUGGGAAGUCAUUAUAUGGUUGAUUAAAUUGGUGGAAAAUGUUCAUGAACAAAUUCGAGGGCAUGUAUCACCUCAAUCUGCUGGUUUGUCACCUCUGAAUAACUCUUCACAUUCUGUAAAAUGUGUGUCUGACUUCCCGCUUAAGUUCAUUUUGCAUUACCUUGUAAAGUUUGGUCGGCGAUUCACUGAAAGUGAACUUUUAAUUCGGAGGUUGCUGUAUUGGUGUUGUACCACAUUUGCAGAUGUUGUUUUGACUUGUACAGGAUCCGAAUUUACGCCUUCAGCUUCGACAUUGCAAGGCAUUUUAAAUGAGUAUAAAGAAUUAAACACAUGCCCUCUGCAUCGUCAUAUUUCACUAUCAUUGAGCAGUUUGAUCACAUUCAUUAUCCUAAGCUGUCCAUCAGCUGCUGUAUGGAAUCCACUUCCUUUUAAUACUGAACAUGCUUACUUCAAGGGGUCGCCGCUUGAUCAUAUUCCUCAUUCAUUAAUAGCACUGCCUUUACCACGGGGUGAGGAAUCAAUAUCAGUACGCAAAUGCUUGUCCGAAGUUGAGGAGAAUAUAAUAAGACGAAGCCAGCUGGCUGAAUCUGGUUGGCUUAUUGAACCAAGUUCAGCAAACAAUGGUGAAAAUGUUGAACGUCUUGUUCGCCUGUUGGAGAUAUUAGAUCGUCAUGAAUAUCAUCUUGUUCGUGAACCUAAUCCAAUAGAGUCAUUGUAUAAUCGUAUAUUCAAUGAUGAUGCUAUCCAUGAGGAUACAGCCACAGUUGUAACAACAUUGUGUGAAUGGGCUGUAUCACCAUAUCGUAUUGGAAUUUAUCGGUCAAUAAUUGUUGCAUGUUUAUUAGAACAGUUCAAAAAUACAUUUAUUGGCAGUGCUAUCAUGGCGACUACUACUACUACUACCACUGGUAUUGUUACGACUGCUCCUACUACUAAUAAUAACGGCAAUACACUAGUACAGUCAACAGCAACAACUACAGCUCCUACUGUCAACAGUAACAUUAAUCCUAAUACUACCUCCACUAAUACGGCUAAUAAUAAUACUAAUGCCAACAGCAAUAAUAUGGCUUCAGAAGCCUAUCAAUCAUUACAAGAAACACUGAUUAAAUUUUUAGACAAUUGUACUGCACAACUACCAUCAUUCAAUGGAGAACAAUCAUUAAUUGAAAAUGAUUUAAUGCGUAAUCUUGUCUGUUUGUUCUCUGAGUUAAUUGAUCGUGAAGUAUUUGAUCAUGAUAAUUAUGUCAGACAUUUCAUUGCACGCGGUGUCUUUGACACAAGUCUUCAUCCAUUAGCAGUUGUCGAUAAUCCCCUUCAAAAUAAACUCAAUACAUCAGGCAAUCCAUUAUCGUGUGGUAAUAAUAUGAAUCAGUCUGUGAAUACACCGACAAGUGUGACACGUUCCACGAAUACAACUACUUCAACAGCAUAUCAUUUACAGUCAGCAGCUCAACAUUCGGUGAAAUCAGAAAUUUCUGAAGAUAUGGAUCGUUAUAGUAUGGAUAAUCCUGAUUCUGUACGCUCUGAAUCUGGUAUAUUAUCGAGUGUUGUAAAUAGUUCUUCAGGGAUAACAAUGACUACAGCCAGUCUUCAUCAUACAACCUCCACUAUAGGUAAUCGUUUAGUGAAUUCAAAUCAAUCAGGUCAUUUGCAUUAUCUAAUUCAAUUCCCUAUACCACAAGAUGAAAGUUAUGCACAUGAACAGAAUCAACGCUUCCAAUUAUUGUAUGGUUCUGUUCGAUCACGUGAUCGGGCAAGAUAUCCUAUUCGAAAGUUGGUACGUGAUAUUUGUAAACUGUUUACUAAAAAGAUUUAUCUAAUCGAUGUUUUUCACGGUGAACUUGGUAGGCGUAAAAAGAGUAAGGAUAGAGAACGUGAAAAGGACAACACCAGUAGUAGUAAUAGCAGUACUAACAACAGCAAUAGCGGUACCAAUAUGGGAACAACAGCGACCGGGUCAACAACAGCAACAACACAGUCUACAGCUUCAAAUGCAGUUGGAACACCGGGGAGUACAGGUGGCAGUGGAUCUGGACAUCGUACAACAAAUGAUGAGACAAGAUCAAUUGAUGAACUUCAUGAGGAUAUAAUGAAACGUUUUGUUAAUUUAUCAUUUUAUGAUAUGGAAUAUGUACUGUCACAGUGUACACCAGUUUUUGUAAAAAUGCUUAAUGGAUCAAAUUGUCAUUCAAGUUCCAAUGCACCAACUGAUGACAGUGUUAAUUCAACAGUUAAUACAAACUCUCCGUGUUCUGCAUCCACUCUGACUGCUAAUCAGAAUAAUAAUAACAAUAACAGUAAUAAUACCAAUAAUAGUAAUAAUCUAUCUAGUGUUAACAGUCAAUUACCAGUCAGUGCAUCUAAUGUUCAGCAGUCACACAUUUAUAUGCCUGUACCAAGUUCAAUUUUCCUAUUUUUUGAAUUAAUUGAAACAUCAUUGAAUAUUACAUCGCUGAUAUUGACUGUUAUUGAUACAUUGGAGCGUUUAAAAAUCCUAUUUGAAAAUCGUACACAUUUUAUGACAUUGUAUAUGUCAUCUUUAUGCCUUAGAGCAGUAGGCAUACUACAACGUUAUCAAAAUGUAUUAUUUACAAUGGGUGAUAUAUCUAGUCGAUUAUUUCCAACACUGAUUGAACAAGUUCGACAAGUGAAAGAACCAACACAAUGUGGACCACUUGAACGGUGUAUUCUAAUCUACCUGAAUGAUUUAUUUACAUCGAAUGUUGUUAUAAAAACACGUUUUUCUCCAAUCUAUGGUAAAGCUCAUCAAAAAGUCAAUGCACUGUUACGUCGUGUUGAUCCAAAUGAAGGUAUGGGACAAUUUGACGCGGAUUAUGCUAAUGAUUUAUUGGCGACAACAUCUAUGGAUAAUUUAACAUCAUUUCGAGCCUAUGCUGAAGAUUUACGCCUUAAACCAGAUUCACGUUAUAGUUUUGUAUGUAAAGCUAUUAUAUGGAUAUGUCAAGCAAAAACACCUGAACGUGUUAAUUAUUUAUGCGGUUUAUGCGCUGAAUUAACUUCUCAGUGUAGUGAACUUACUCCAGAAUGGCUUGGUGCUUUCUAUGCUAUACUAGCACCACGUUCCUAUGUACAUGGUUAUCAGCCUUUAGUGAGUACUAUUGAACCAAAUCAAGUAUGGAUAUAUGAUAAUUUGAGUUCAUUGAUUGGUACACUAUUGUCAAGAUACUGUUUUACUAUUUCAGAUUUUUUACGUUUAGUUAUAUGUCCAGCAAUGGCUCAAGGAUUGGAUGAUGUUAGUCAACCUGUAGGCGCUCAGCUAGAGUCAAUCAUUUCUCUUGCUUGUCAUAUUCUGCAUCGUUUAUUUACAGCUGAGUCAACGGUCAGCUCAUUACAGACUACAUCUAGUGUAUUGACACCAACUCCAGAGGUGAGCACAUCCACUAAUACCAGUACUACUACUACUACUAAUGCUCCAAAUAGUAGUGGAAAUCCUGACACCUUGUUAAAUCCAUCACCACCUCCACCUUUUCGUAUUUCUGAACCAUUAUUACUAACCGCGGCUUUACAAAAAGUCACUUCAGAGUUUCUAGUUGAUGUACUUAAAAUGCUUAUUGUACACAGUGAUAAAGCUUCUGUAGAAAAUCAAGCACCAGGAAGUUUACAAGGCGAAAAUGCUGAAGAGACAGUAGACGGUGAUGGAGAUGAUAACGAUAAUGAUGGUGACGGGGAAGAUGACGAUGAUGAUGAUGGCGUUGGCAAUUCAAAUGAUCGUGACGGCGAUGACGAUGAGGAUGGUGAGUUGACAGACAUUGACUCUGAAGGUGAUACAACAUUCAGAAGUGCAACGCGUAAACGUAUUAAAGCUCCGCAACAAAAAGCGAAUAAAUCAAAGAAAUCUAAACGUCGUCGACGUCGUCAACAUAAUCGUAAGGCAAUUUCACAAGUUCAUCAUGUUGUACAAAGAUUUCUAGAACAGGACAUUUUACCGACAAGUACAGAAUUGCACUCUUUACCGUUAAAUGCUUUAACACAAUUAGUACUACGUGAAAUAUGCACUGUACCAUGGGUACGUGAACGUUUCCACCAAAUGACUCCGAAUCAGUUGAUACGUGAAAAUGUAUUGAUUGAUAAGAAUUUCUCUCAAAGUCAAGCUAGACGUCUUCUACACAUCAUCUAUUGGCCGUAUGAUUUAUCAUGGACAGAUAUAGCUUCAACAUCUGAAGGACUGUCUGGUGCAAUGUGUCAUGUCCUACGUGAUUUAAAUAUAUGGACAUUAAAAUGUGCACAAAUGGAAUUCCAGCUAUUAUAUGCUCAAAUAUCAUUUUCACAACAAGGUGAAGUACUCGGCUAUUUAGCACAAUCAAUAGUAAAAGGAUUUCAAGCCCAGGUGUCCAAUUGGCUUGAUUCUAAUAAUUGUGGAAAUUUUCAAGAUGGAUCUAUAGGACAUGUAGAUGGUUUGCCAAGCAUUGAAUUAGGCGAUAAUGAUCCCGUGUGGUUGUUACCAGCACUAAUUGCCAAAUUACCGAAAUCACUGAAAGUGCAGAUUAUCAAAGUUACAUCAGAGAUACUGAAAGGUAUAAAACAUUUUUGGAAGCAUAAAAAUGAUGAAGAUAAAGAAAGUGUACUGCUACAAAAUUCUAUUCUCUUAUCACAUCCAACAUUUUUAUUAUUAUUACAAGUCUGUUUACCGGAUGCAGACUUUCUGAUUGAUUCACUGUAUGAACAAAUCGAGUAUUUUGUAUUGAAUGCACGUGAUAUCGCUGAUCGUGUACCAGACAAUUUGCAUACUCGUCAAAUAGUUCAACAAUGUUUAAAAUAUCGUUUAAUAUUAGUUGGACAAAAAUUCCAGUAUAUUCAAUCCGAUCCAGAUAUUUGUACACGUUGGGCAACCCUAUUGGCUCAAUUGAUUAGUCAUGGUGUUACAGAGCCUGAGUCUAAUUGUUCCCUAUUCUAUAUGAUCUAUGAUAUGCUUCAAAUAUUAAUACAUACAUUGGCAGCACGUUCAGGCAUUGAAGGUAAACACUAUCAAUCUGUGGCUAAAAAGAUACGCCGUGAAUUAUCUGAACGUCCACCAUGUUCAGGCAUAGAAUAUAUUCGUCCAUUAUUGCUAUUGACUAAAGGUGCAUAUACAAUAUUUGUCACUGGACAGUCGCGUCAAUCUUCCCGUGGUGGUUCAUCGAAUUCAGCAGGUAGUGGAUCCUUAGGUGGUGCUGGUGGUUGUGGUGGUACAGGCAGUGGUUCAAUCGGUAAAAUGGGCGGUAAAGGCGGUGGUUCCGGUGGAAGUGGUAGUGGCGGCAAGUCAAGUAACUCAAAAGGCGCCGGUGGCAAGUCUAGUGGACACAGUCUGUUAACAGGAGGAGGAGGAGGAGGCGGCGGCGGAGGGCAUCAUUCCAGUCAUGCAGGUGGUCGAAAUCAACAGAAUAAAAAACGUGGUUACAUGUUACUGGGGAAAGAACGUUUUACACCAUGGGAGAUCUAUGACCCGAGUAAACAGCCAUUACUCUUGUCUAUGCAUGGUGCAGUGCACACAGAAGCGGUGUUGUCACGUGUCGAAGAGCAGGCGAAUCGUUUAAUACGUCAUGAACACUUUUAUAAAAUAUCUCGUCCACGUGAUUUUUAUAUGGUGCCUAUUUAUCCAGAGACGUUGGAAAAGAGCAAUGCUGCCGUUGGUGUUGUCGACAGCAAACAAUCCGAUAUUGGUGGUGAACACGAAAAUGCAAGUAUUAUGAGAACAAUAAAAACAGAGAAUCUUAGCAUCGAUAGCAAUACUACUAACAACAAUGCUGUUAUGAACAAUAUAUUUAAUAAUAAUAAUAACAGUAAUAAUAGCAGUAAUCCUGUCAAUUCAAUGGGUGGAGAGUCACACAUGCUAUCACUGAAUGAUAUUGUACAAAUGCCGGAGACAAAUCUGUCUGAAUGUCAAAAUCAAUUUAUGCAACUUCGUAAUUCAAUUAAUAACAAUAGUAAUAAUAACAGUAAUGCUACUGCGAUUAGUAGCAGUAAUAGUAUCAAUAAUCACCCUAGCGGUGGUGUUCUCUACGAUCAAAAGCAUAAUACUUCUAUGCCGUGUCAUUCUACCAAUCUACCAAUGUUCAAUGAUACAGGUAAAUCUGUUAGUCAAAUCGAUUCUGACAUUAAUCCUAUGAUGAUUAUGUCAUCAUUAUCGUCAUCGCCUUCGUGUACUAACACUAUUACUCAUGGUGGGGGUGGGGGUGGUGGUGCUGCGAGUAAUAUCCAAUUGAUGCAUGGAAAAAUGACGAAUUCAAGAAAUGAUAAAAAUGAAUUAGUCGACAAUUUAUCGUUGAACAAUCAGAUGCUGAUGAAUACAUUUAAGUCGUCGGUAGCAGGAGGAGCGUUGACAUCUAGCACUGGUUUGCCGACGUCUAAUUCACACCUCCACCAACAUCAUCAUCAACAACAACAGCAACAACUUUAUUCUCAUCAUUUGCCAAAUCAACAACAACAACAGGUACUUCUGAAUUCAGAGCCGACUCUUCCAUCAGGUCGUAAACUUCAUCAGUCACAACAGAAUCUUAUGAAUGAAUAUGCUAGUUUAAAUGAACUAGAACAAAGGCCUAUCGGUAUAAGUCAUCCAGGGCAUAUGAACACAAUCAAUUAUCCUCCUACGCAUCAUGGUCAUGGUCAUGGUCACCCAUUAGAGAUGAAUAUGCAUAAAGGUAAUAAAAUGAUAAAUAUGGAGUAUAAUGAACGAAUGCUACCGUCUCAGUCUUCGACAGUAUCAUCUCAACAGCAACAACAACACAUCCAACCACCGCCAUCAGUCGCUCCGAUACCACCAUCGGCGAAUGCCGCCACUAUUUUACACCCACCGAUAAGUAAUACAGCAAUACAUGUCCCACCACCACCACAACCACUGACAACAACAAUUACCACUACAACGACAACAACAACGAAACGUAAACGUGGAUCUGGUCGUCGUGGUGGCGGUGGGAGUUUGGCUUCAUCACGUUCUACUGCUGCUGGUGGUGGAAACAGUACACGUGGUGGUUUGCAUGCCACUGCUGCUGGUCCAAUGAAUGUAAACUAUGAACGUGUUGUUGGCAAUAAUCCGUCGGUGAAUUUAUACGCAUACAAUGUGAAUAAUUCAGAACAAUUAGGUGAUUCAAGUCAUCAAUGGAGUGGUAAACAGAAUGUUUUUAAUAUGAAUUUACUUGAUAUACAGUCACAACAACAACAACAACAGCAACAUCACCAUCAACAACAACAAAGUCAUGUACAACAGUCAUCCUCAUCUACACGUGGUCAACAACAACAUCUGGCAAAUUUAAGUGGCUUCUUACGUAAUCGUGCUCAACAGCAACAACUGCAACAACAACAACAGCAGCAGCAACAACAACAACAUCAGCAGCAGCAACAUCAUCUUGGACAAUCCUACGGUGGUUCAAGUUUUAAUCCAAGUAAUCCAAUAUCUAUGCCACAUUCAAGUCAUAUGUUUGAUCAAUCUCAGUUAAGCGGUCAAUUCAACCCGUCAAAUAGUCAUUUAGUUGAAGCGCCUACUGGUUCAAUGCGACGAAAUAAUAUAACUACUACUAGUGGAAUUGUUGGUGGUAAUAUUUCUCGGUCUAUACAACAGUCAUCACAGCAUCAUCAAGUGUCAAACCAACAACCACCUCAUCAAAUUAUUGGUCAUACUAAUACUAGUACUACUGCUACUCCAGGUCCAUUACAACAAAUUCCACAAGGGGGGAUACCGCCUAAUCCCCCACCUUAUCCACUGUCGUCAUCGUCUAAUCAACCGCAACAGCAUACAUUUCGUAUUCCAUCAGAUGAUGCCUAUAAUAUAAUGAAUGUGAAUGAUACAAGUAUUGAUGAACAAUACAGACGACAGACAUUGAAUCCUGUAAUGAAUACUAUGCAGCACAGCCGCCGCACCACCAUCAUCACCAUCAUAAUCAGUCGAGUACAGUGUUAUCAUCACGUGCACAAGGCGGUGCUGUUGGUGGUUAUGAUUCAUCAUCAGGAGGAGGUCAAAUGCAAACUGAUGUACAACAUUUAUCCUAUAUGCCAGUACAGACUGAUUCACAAAUGAAUAAUCAAUCAAGAUUGCAUGCCUCACGUGUCAUUUCAUCAUCCCAACAACACCAACAACAAUCAGGGCAAUUGAUGCGACCUGAUAUGAUGAUUGCCUCAACAGUUAUUGAGACUGGUGGUGGUGGUGGUGGGGGUAUUGGCGGCAAUAUCCCAUUGUCUGGUAGUAAUAAUAAUAAUAAUAACAAUAAUGCUCAAUUAUCACAACAUGUACAGAAUAUACCUCAUUCCUCGUAUCCACGUUAUACUGGAUAUUAAUUAUCACCUGUUCUCUAUGUACAGUAUAUAUAUAUAUAUAUAUAUAU